AUGGCACAGUCUAGUUGCAAAACUUUGGUGCAGUGGUUGGUAGCAGCAUUGCUCAUUGCCUUGUUGGGUGGUGCACAAGCUGUUGCAAUAUGUAACAUAGACUCAAGUCAAUUAAACUUGUGUCGUGCUGCAGUUACUGGUCAAAACCCUCCACCACCGGAUGAGAAAUGUUGUGCAGUUGUUCGCCAAGCCAAUUUGCGUUGCCUCUGCAGUUACAAGUCUACCCUACCUUCAUUUGGAAUAAACCCCAAAAAUGCUUUGGCCUUGCCUGGUAAAUGUGGUCUGCAAUGGCCUCCUAAUUGUUGA